GCUCUAUCAAAAUGUGGCUGGUUGUUUUAUGUUUACAUGUUCGUGUAUGUGUAAGUGUGUCGCGUGCGCUGCUCGCAUCCUGUUGGCGGUGACGACACAUCGCACGACUCAGCGUCGCCCGAAUACUCCCAUAUCAUUGGCCACGCUUAUCUUCCAAACUACCGAUAGAAUUUCUCCAGUAGUAAACGGAACUAGCAAUAGUACCGAUAUGAAACCGAUGCUCAGAUUUACGCGGUUUUGAUGCGAUACGCAUUACAAAAGAGCGAUCGCAUUAUUAUGUUUUGCCUGUGAAGUGAUCGUGGUUGAUGGGGAAAGCCAUAACAAUAGAACGUAAUGACAAGUAUAAAUCUAUUCGCAGAAAGAAACUGGUCUGAAGGACUUUCGUUGAAUGCGAAAUAUGUGGAGUCAUCACUGGGAUGGGCCGGCGAGCGCGGCGAGGACUCGAGCUACGACUCGGAGUGCGAGGACGACGGCGGGCACCGGACCGCGUCGCGGACUCCCUCCGACACGCUCGCGGCGGAGUUCGCUGAGUACGUCACGCUUGCGCCGGCGCCGCCGCAGCCUAACCAGGCAAAAAUCGAGUUCGCCGUGAAACUCGGUUACUCAGAGAGCCUGGCGCGCACAGCGCUGAAGCGCUUAGGGCCGGACCCGCCGCGCAACGAGCUGCUGGCCGAGCUGAUAAAGCUUGCGGCGAAGCGGCCACAGCGGGCGCCUUCGCCCCCGCAGCCCCUCGACCCGGAGCCGGCGCAGGACCGGGCGCCGCUAAGGCACAUCGUUAUAGAUGGCAGCAAUGUCGCUAUGAGUCAUGGCAACAAAGAGGUGUUCUCGUGCCGAGGUAUCGAGAUUUGCGUGGACUGGUUCCGCGCGAGAGGCCACAAGGAAAUCACGGUGUUUGUACCAAAAUGGCGGAAAGAAGCUUCGAGACCCGACAACCCCGUGUCCGACCGCGACUCGCUGGAGCGGCUGGAGCGAGAUCGCGUGCUCGUAUACACGCCCAGUAGACUUCUCGGAGGAAAACGUCUCAUUUGCUACGACGACAGAUACAUAUUAAGACUCGCCGCAGAAACAGACGGAAUAGUCGUUUCCAACGACAACUACAGAGACCUAGCAGCAGAGAGCCCCGAAUUCAGAAAAGUAAUCGAGGAAAGAUUACUCAUGUACUCCUUCGUCAACGACAGGUUCAUGCCUCCGGACGAUCCUCUCGGUAGAUCUGGACCGACGUUAGACGCUUUCCUCCGCGCCCCUCCCUCCCGCGCAGACCCUCCACCGCCUUGCCCAUACGGAAGAAAAUGUACAUACGGCAAUAAGUGCAAGUUCCACCACCCAGAAAGAGCCGGCAGACCGCACAAGUCGGUUGCGGAAAAAUUGUCAGAACGUGCGGCGAGGAAAGCGCAUUUGCACACGCUCAGUUUGCCGCCUGGUGGCAGACCGACGGAUAAUAAGAAACCGCUAGCAAGAGCACAUUCAGCCACUCCAAGAUUGGCUGAUCCAACGCUUGCAACACAUUUCGAUAGAGCCCAAAUUCAACCGGGACCUUCGCAUCCUCCCCCUGACGCCAAUCCGCACAGGAAACUAGCUCGACAGCUGACAUUGAACCCAGCGUGUGAUCCGAGAUUACACGCAUCCGCCGCUAGAGUAUCUUCUGCUCCAGUCGGCGCUAUGGGCGCCAUGCCCCUACAUAUGGCAGGAGUUUCUAUAUCUCCGUGCGCUUCGGAAGGCGCUCUUCAACUCUGGGAAGCCAGGAGACGGAUGCACUACCACCUGGCUAACAUCUUCCCUGAACCGCAAGUCGCGGAAGUGAUGGCCGCGUACCCAGAAGAAACAGAUGCCCAGAAGAUGUGCGCUAUCAUCCUGGCCCGGUACAGGCCGAGCGAAGCGACCCUGCCUCAUCCCAUACACUGAGGAGACAAAUUCAAAUAAUGGUCGAAAAUUAUUCUCAAUUUCAAAAAGAAAUCGAGCUUUAAUUCGCCGAUCUACUAUGGAUUUGAAUAUGGAAUUGAUUCUAGCUUUGCAUACCUCAUUUAAAUUAAUUGGCUAAAUGAGACGUAGUGGACCUGUGGAGCUCAGGAUGAUAGACAGAUUGCUGAUGUCGUCUUGCUGUGGUAGAAACAACGAAAUCUCUUGACGCUUGAUGUCACUAUUAUUUUAUUUGGAUUGACUUGCUGUGCCAACGGUGGAAUGGUAAUUUUAUCAUUCCAAGGCAUUUAGUUGACUUUUAUUUUAUGAUAUGUGCUUCUGAGAAGCAUAUGGUGUUAUUUAAUUAUGAUCUAAGUAGGACACCAUUUAAAUGUACAAAUUCAUGUUUAUUUUAUAUUUUUGUCAACAUUAAUAUCAUCUAAUAAAAAUAAAUGCAAUAAAUAACCAUUUUA